AUGCGGUAUCUGCCGUACUCUCACAUCCUCCUCCUCCUCCUGCUCUCACAGCUGGACCAGGUGUCCGAAAGACGGCAGGCGAAAGAGGGCGGAGGUGGCUGGCGUGGCAAAAAUCCGCACCUAGGCGCAUCACCAAACCUCCUGGUAAACAAUGUACACCAACCAACGUACAACGACCCAAGCAGGGGUGCGCACGAAUUCCCAGUUGAUAAGCCGUCACACGUCCACUGCUUGUAGAAGCAGACACGUUCGCUGAGACAAGAACUGUAUUAACCUGACGUUUCGGAUUCCUGCUCGAACCCAGCAUCGGAGACGACAGCAGGUACGAGUGGUUCAUGCACAAGGGGCUGCAGUAUUUAUAGGAUGCAGUCACCAUGCUACUGCAUACCUGCGAAUAUUCACGGCUCCACCCCUUUCAUCAAGAAACAUUGCACUUGGUGUGAUGACUGUUUGUUAGCUGACAUUCGCUUCGUUAACUGUUGCAAUUUCGUCACGGGUGUUGGAUGCUGGUGUGAUGAUUGCUCGACUAUCUGACGCACCGACCCUGGCGUUGGGAAAAGUGUUCACCUGUGCGCUCCCCACGUGGUUAGUUACUCCGCCUAGGCGAAGUCUCAGCACUGAGUAUAGAAGGGAAGGUCCUUGCACUUGUUAAUGGAAUGGGAGCCAGUAAACCACGACUCAAGCAGCUCUCGGCUCACGCGGUUGUCACCUCUGGCGAGAAUUUCGGUCUCGUCGAAUUUGAAUGUGUGGCCGGAACUCGUCGAAAGAGUCACAACUUGAGAGCUGGCGUCAUGUCUCCGCACUGCUGCAGCGUGUUCGGCCAAUGGCGUUCUGAGCUGUCUUCCGGUUUCUCUGACGUAGUUACUUUGUCUGUUUUAAAGAUAGAAACGAACAGGCGAGUUCCAGGAAGCAGUUCAGAAGAAGCAGACAUGAUCGCUGGGAAAAGGGUUUUAUUCGCCUGACGUUUUGGAUUCCUGCUCGAACCCAUCGUCAGGGACAAUAGCAGAUGCGGGUGCUUCACGCGCAAGGGGUUGACAUAUCUAUAGGAUGUUAACGUAUGCUAAGGCACGCUUAUGUUUCUGUCCUGAACUGGUGGUCAGACAUAUGAUUGGCAGGAUGAAGGUAGAAUAAGCCCGAAACGGUUCUGUACUAGUAGGGGCUUUGGCAGAUUUCGAAUAAUUUAUUUGACCCAACUAUGGAAAACACGGGAAACUCGGUGAAAUUCGAAAACACGACAGCAAAGAUGGGGCUUGACCACAGCUAAGGCCACCUGAUCUGCGAGGUCCCACUGGGGCCGUAAAUUUAAGCGCAUCUUAGUCACUCUACCAGCCCAGCCUACUGCAACGUAUUGAGGUCACUAGAUCUGAUGCAGUGAGAUGACUGCCCAAGAAGGAUUUCCUAAGUAAUCACUGUGGAAUCCCCCAGAUGGCUACCAGACUCACGUAAUUAAUGAGGGUUCUGCAUUCGCUUACCUGCAUUCUCUGUGUUCUCCAUGUGUUUCUGAUUGACAAAAUUCGACGUCCAGCCAGAAGGAUAAGUUGAAGACUGUUUAAUUUUUCUUCACCUCUUUCGUGAUCUCGAAAUCGGACACCUGUUCGGAAUACAAAUUCAGGAGUUCAUUGCCAUUCAUGCAUCCUGAAUCGAAGGGGUAAUUACCCAACUCAUGGGCAAAUCCCGAAGACGUUGCGCUGACUCUAGGGUUUUCUCUUCCCGCAUCUCAACUUCAACCCUAACACUUAUCCUGAUCUACCUGACCCAACCUUAACCAUAACACUAACCCUCAUCCUAGCCCCUGGACUUUGACGCCAGACUAUCUGAAAUAGGGGGUCCAUCUUUCCGUCCCCUACCCUUCCAUUUUAAAAAGCCAACGGAUCCCCAGUCUUUCAACUUGUGUGGAAACCUUUCUUUGCGCAUUUUGACCGCAUCGUGACAACAUUUUCUCUGAACUACCAACCGGAACGCCAAGUUAGCACAUCGGCCAUGUAUCCACAAGCCUUUCAUGCCCUCAAUUGAAAUCUUCAAAUUAGACCAUAGGUCUCCCACUCAUCAUUUACUUAAAAAACAACCACCUGUUUCCGUCAUCUACUUUCUCGAAUUUAAUUAUACAACAAAGUCACGACAGGUUCGUCGGCUUUUUAAAUUAAACAUCUUUUAGUGGAUUCUCAUGUAAGUUUCGGAAGUCAAAGUAGGUAUAAAGUAUUUUACGCCCAAAAAGGUUUGAAAUUGUCAUUUCGUACACGAUCCAAAUUUAAUUUGAACUUCCUAAUGCUGGAGGAGGUGAACCAUCACCAAAACACAAGUUUUUAGACUAUCAUUUCUCAAUUAGAUCGCCUUCAGUGAUCAUAUUCAUAAUGAUUUUUUAAUUUUCCAAUGCACAGCCUGCUUAAAACUAUAAAAUUAUAUUAUUUAAACGCUUCCUCAAACUCUGACAUUAGAUGACCUUUCAGGGUAUUCAGGUAGCAGCAAGCGAUCGUCGUCACUUCUUCUAUUAGAGGGACGGCCUUGAGGAAAGGCGUGAAACCUAGUCAGCGCGACAGACUCUACUCAAUUAAUCGUACCCCUUAGACAGCAUGCAGAAAAUUUGUAACUGAAGAAUUUCAGAUUCACGGUUGGCGUUCAUAACCGAGGGCUAUGAUAAAAGUCCCAGGUCGGUAGCGGAAAAAUACAAUUUUCCGGUAGCUGUCUACUCUGAGGAACUUCGUUCAAACUUGCAUUUUGACAAGCCUUCUCCACUCAUAAGAGAAAGAAAUGCUCAUUAGAGAGGUGUAUUCUCCACAGCGCAUUUCAAGCAGUGUAGUCGACCUUCCAUAGGCCCGGUUCGCCUUAAAAAGCACAUUGCACUGUUACUGGGGUGGAACAGUGCUUUCUAAUUGGGAUACGCCAUGAGGGGGAAGGGGGAGCAUGCGCGUUACCACCCCCUCUCCUUGGCAUCGUUUCUGUCCGUUGGAGCACAGGUCGUAUGCACUGGAUCGCCAAUGACCUCGCCCCCUCUAAUGGAUGGCAGGCGGGAAGAUUUCAGGGUGCCCCCCAAACGGGCAAAGUGGAAAAUGCGCUGGACCAGAACGGGGACCAUAUCGGACGUUGGCAGGGGUUAUCAGAUUUGCACACCAUAACAAAUGCCAACAUUUCGGGGUGCGGUGGCAGACCCGGAUGCCGUUAGGCGUCGCGUACACUGGGCUCCUGUCGCCCCCCCCCCCCAAUGCUGUUGUUGGUCAAAAACUUGGUCAUUUGCUGUGUGGACCAAGGGGUAUUGAGUGGAGCGCCAAGGUGCGGGAUCGACCGCGCCAUCCACCUGCGCCCUCCCUCUUGCCUCCGGUCCUCUUAACUCUGUCUUGACACCAGGUCCAGGUGGAGGAGGAAGAGGAGGAGGAGGAGGAGGAGGAGGAGGAGGAGGAGGAGGAGGAGGAGAGAGUACGGUAG